UGCUGAGCCCAAAGCAGCCAUCGCGAACAGUCGCGAUGAAAAUGGAGCCGUAUAACAGAGGUAGUUUAGCCGAACAAAACUUCAAUAAGUACUGAUUAAGGUCUAGAAUGAAAGCUAAAAGCCCGCACUAAAGUAUGGGUAUAAUACUUUUUCUCGUUGAUACUUCGGCGUCUAUGUCUCAGAGGACAUUCUUAGGAACUACACUCAUCGACAUCGGUAAAGGUGCUGUUGAGACGUUUAUAAAGCUGAGGCAAAGGGACCAAGGAAGCCGUACAGAUCGAUAUAUGUUGAUGACGUCCGAUGAAAUCGGCGCCAUUAAGGCUGGGUGGAAAGAAAAUCUUGCGACAUUCAUGAAUGAAUUGAAAAACCUUCAAGCAACUGGAUUGACAAAUCUCGGCUCUGCUAUGAAGCAAGCAUUUGACUUGCUUAAUCUCUAUCGAUUGCAGUCUGGUAUUGACAACUAUGGCAUGGGUAGAAAUCCCUUUUAUCUAGACCCAGCAAUGGUGAUAUGCAUUACGGAUGGUGGAAAACUUUCGUCGAUUGAUCGUGUUCAUCAAACGUUGGAACUUCCACUUGAACCUCGUGCCCCAGGAAGUGAGCUUACUAAAGAACCAUUUCGAUGGGAUCAGCGGUUGUUCUCAUUGAUAUUAAAAUUUCCUGGAAGUCCAAAUGGGUUUGAUAGAACUGCUGGGGUCAAUGCGGAUGUGACUAAUGAAUAUUUGAUUACACCAAUGUGUGAUGCUACUGGAGGACGAUCUUAUAUAAUCACCACUCCAAAGUCUUUGUCAAACGUCGUUGAUGCUCUUGUGCAGAAAUUUCAAAUGGGAGUUGUUAUAAAUUUUGAAAAGAUUGGAGGUCCCGAUAAACCUGCUGAAGCCAACUCUUCAACGGUGAAUUCCGACAUGGAAGGUGAAGGCAAGCCAAAGAAUCAUGCCAAUGUAUCAAAGCCACCUAGCGACAUGUCUGGGCAGCCGACAAAUGAUGAUGCAGGACAAUCACGUGAUGAACAGCAAGCAUCACGCAAUACAUCUUCUCCUCUACCACCCACUGUGCUGAAUAAUUUAUGGUACAGUUGCAGGAGGUUGAUAUACAUCAAGACAAAUCCUAAAGUCAAUACUCCUGUUGGCCAUUGGCCAAUUCCCGAAUCAUUUUGGCCCGAACAUUCCAUGUCUCAGUUAGAACCUCGAGAUGCCGAUCCCACGGUUCUGUUUUCUUGUGUAAAUUCCGAACCAAUGGUGAUGGAUCUUCUGCCGUUUGAUAAAUAUGAAUUGGAACGGUCGCCAUUGACUCAAUACAUCUUGGAAAAUGUUAAACCAACUCAUUGUUGGCAGACUUACGUGUCAGGAAGUGGAAAGAACAGCGAAUUGGGAUAUCCCUUUGGUUACCUCAAAGCAAGCGUGAAUUUUCAAGCAGUCAAUUUAUUUGUGAUGCCGUAUAACUAUCCCAUUCUUAUUCCUCUUCUCGAUGAGCUGUUUAAAGUGCUUAAAUUAAGUCCCACUCCAAAGUGGAGACAGCUUUUCGACAAAUAUCUCAGCGAUCUACCAAGCUACUAUAUCGUGCCACUUAGAACGGCUCUCCGUCGAAUGGGUGCGAAUGUAAAUCUGCUUAUACCCGAUCACGUUGAAAGCUCAUCUUCUUUGAGUAACAGUAUUCAAAGCUAUCUGAAGAAAUUAAAACAACAGGCCAAGGUUGAAGCAGAUAAAGUCUUGUCUGGCAUCGGAAAGAAGGCUCCUGGGGAGUUUGGAAGACCUGUUUCCCAGAUCAAUAAUAGUCCAUUAUCACCUAACAGUCUACAGAAGCGAGACUUUCACGAAGUUUUCCACAACAUUCCGAGCUCUCAGCCGAGUACAAUUCCAGAAAUUGCCAAUGUGACAAACCUUCCUGACUUUAAAGAGCUACCGAAGAUGCAUCAAUACAAGAAUCCGUUUGACAUCAAACGUUCUGAGCUGUUGGAUCAACUUGCUCGAAUGCGAAUCAAUUUUUUUCAUACGGCACCCACAGCAACAAGACUUCAAGAUCAAGAUUCUAGGCACAGUAUAGCAAUCAGCCAGAUGGGCAAUUAUCAGGACUACUUGAAGCAAACAAGUCCUUUGCGUGAAUUGGAUCCUGGUAUGAACAGAGCUCACAUGUUCGGCAAUCCAUUCAAAUUGGCAAAGGAUCAGCCCAUGAUGGUCGAUGAGGCAGAUGUAGUGAACGAAGCCGUAGCGGGAGGCGGAUCUUCUCGCAAGCGUCGUGACAUUCGGUCUCCGUCACCACGCGACCGACGUCGGAAACCCGAUGUGAAUCCUAAUAAUUCAAAACGACCGACCCAACCUCAACCGAUGCAAGAAAAUGUUCACCAACCAUUGCCACCAAUUACGCCUCCACUUUCGAAUUUUGGACAACCACCCGUAAUCACUGGCGAGAAACCUUCCAGCCACAAUGUGAAAGCACCUGUACCAGGAAAGAAACGGAAGCUUCAGGAGGGUGAGGGCUCGAAUGAGCAACGUAAGCAAUCGAAGCCGAGCGUAAAUCCACAACUUCGUAAACUACAACAGCUUCAUCAUAACAAGCAGCAUGGUCAAGCGAGCAGUGCGUUCACGACUGCAGGACAAGCUGGGAUGUCCAAGGAUAAACUGGAAUCUUCAAAGGAUAUAUCGUCAAUAUUACGAAACGCGUGUUUGGGGCCGAAUGCAACGAACUCCAAAGCGCUAUCUAACACGCCAGAAAUCAAGCAAAGUAACCACGAUUUGCCAAACGACAAAAACGAUAAAGUGGGACUGCGUAGAAAAGAAGUUUCAAAGAGCAUAGCUUUGCGGAAGAUGUACGAGAAAAACACCAAACUCCGACAGAUGAUUUGUAAACAGAUACGCACUUUGGGUCAAGAUCCAGAUCCAAUCAUCGGCCAUCUCGAGCAGGUGCAAGGAAGUUUAGAAAAGAGGCGAGAAUUCACGCGAACGAUAAUUGACGAAGCAGCGAGGUUCAAAAAGAACAAACUUGUAGAAAUAUUAAACGUUUGGCUUAAUGGUCAGGAGCAAAAAACUUCAGGACGAAAUCGUCGUGCGAUUAAGAGUGCACUGGUUAUAACUGGUAACAUCAAAUGAAUGCCUAAGAAUCAGUGUUUACCUGCGGGAAUGGCCUGUCAAACAUGUCUCUCUUAAGCUCUCGCGCCCGGCGGUUUCCGGCGAAUAAACGCAAUGCGGAGCUUAAGUGUCUCAAGGAAACUAGGGUUAAUCUACUUAAACAAUCAAGCAAGAAAAAUGUUAUGUUUGAAUAUAUGUUAUGAACGGUCAUUCAAAAGUUUUCUGCGCAGAUGGAAGAAAUUUGAAAACGGUUUCACUGUCUAUAUAUAUUUUCAAUGUAUGUUUCUCAUUCGUAAUACUUUUAUUUGUACAUAUUGGACAGAUUAUGCAGGCAUGCCAUAGAUGGACUUUAGGCGAUUUUUUAUCUUAUAAGAAUUGCUAUCGGUUGGCAUGAAUUCAAUACUUCGAAAACUGCGUUGAAACACAUUCAGUGCUCACGAAAUUAAAUUUUGCUUUUUACUGGUUAAUUGGUCCUGAUUACAAUUCUACAGAUGGAGAACCAUUUUGUCGCCUUCCUCCUUAAAACGUUUUUGUUAUUCUUACAUGAAGUAUAUCUAAAACUGAAAAGUGCCUCGGAUGUUUGCAUUGCUUGUGGUUGUUUUUGAGGCAAUUUUGGGAGCAAGGGUUCACACUUUCCCUUUUUUGUUAUGUGGUACGAGAUUUUGCCGGGGUUUGCUAUCAUCUGCGGAUGUGUUGUAGCUUCUGGCUUAGCUAUGAAGACAGUUGACCGGGUGAUUUUUGGAAAGACACAGCGAUACAAUGUUGAUGUCCUGGAUAUCAUGCUUACUGGACGAGACAAAAGAAUCACACAGUCUGAAUAUGUUCAGAAGGGUUUAGAUGACUUGAAGACAGAGUAACAAAAUUUUGCAUCUGGCUAAUGGUACAAAGCUUGUUAAAGUGUAUAUAUGAUGUACUAAAUAAAGAAUACAAGUGAUUGUGAUAAUCGUUCUUUAAA